AUGAGUGAUCCAUCUUCGGAGAAUGCCAACACCAAUGGUCAGGGCAAUCCAGCAGCGGAAGAAAAAGUCAAGGUCCAUUUCGUGGCCGUGGGGAGUGCUCCCAUGAUGAAGAAAACAAAGUUUCAGAUUGGUGCCGACCAACGCUUUUCAUCGGUGAUUACUUUUCUACGCAAAAUUCUAAAAUUGUCAGGAACUGGAUCCUCUUUGUUUCUAUAUUGCAACUCGGCAUUUGCUCCUGGGCCCGAUGAAUGCGUGGGAGACCUCAGAGACUGCUUCAAUGUUCGAGGGGAGUUGGUCAUCAACUACAGUUUGCAGGAAGCAUGGGGGUAA